AUGCUGGAUAUGCUUGAUGACGAAAAUGAUAAGUCAUACUCAUCAAAUAGUGAUCAGAAUCACAGUAUUAUUGUUGAUCGUCCUAUUAUAUCACAAAAAUCAUUUGAUAAAGUAUUUAUUCCAACAGCAUAUGAAGAUCGAACACCGAGUAUUCUCGGUCGACAAGUACGAACAUAUGUAGAAGAUAAAUGUAUACCUUCAAAACGUUGUGGAAAAUCAUAUAUAAAAUUAUUUUUUCCAUUUUUAUCAUGGUUAAAAAUUUAUCAACUUGGUUGGUUACCAAGUGAUAUUGUUUCUGGAAUUACGAUUGCUAUUAUGCAAAUACCACAAGGAAUGGCAUAUGCUUUAUUAGCUCGUUUACCAGCAAUUAUUGGAUUGUAUAUUUCAUUUUUCCCACCGCUUAUUUAUGCUCUAUUCGGCACAUCGAGGCAUUUAUCAAUGGGUGCAAUUGCAGUCAUUAGUCUUAUGACAGGCAAUGUUGUUGAACGUCUUAGUGUGAAACCAAUAUUAUCAACGAUUGUUCCAAAUUUAUUGGAUAAUAGUACAGCAGUAAUGACAUCUAAUGGUGCUUCAGAUGAUCCAUCAUAUGCAAUUACGAUUGCUACUACAUUAGCAUUUACAGUAGGAAUUAUUCAUUUAAUAUUAUGUGCUUUUCAUCUCGGUUUUGUUACUUCAUUUCUUUCCGAUACAUUUAUAAGUGGUUAUACAACUGGUACUGCUAUACUUGUAUUUACAUCACAAGUACCAGAUAUAUUUGGCUUAACACUUAAACGAUAUACUGGACCAUUCAAUAUUGUUCAUACAUAUAUUGAAAUAUUCAGUAAAUUAAAAUAUACGAAUGUUGCUACAUUAAUUAUAUCAAUAUGUGCAAUAAUAUCUUUAAUUAUUGUCAAAGAAUAUCUUGAUCCAUUUUAUAAAAAACAAAUAAAAAAAAUAAAACUUUUCCAAACUAUACAAAUACCUAUUCCCAUUGAGUUACUAGUGAUUAUUGUUGGUACAUUGAUUUCUUAUUAUUUUGAUUUACAUGGUCGUUAUAAAGUUAAAAUUGUUAAUACAAUAGGUAGUGGAUUCCGUACACCACAAAUUCCAUCAUUAGUACUUAUACCGAGUCUAAUUAAAGAUGCUAUUAUUAUCGCUGUUGUUUCAUUUGCUAUUUGUAUAUCAUUAGCAAAAACAUAUGCAAAAAAAUUUAAAUAUAUUGUUAAUUCAAAUCAAGAAUUAGCUGCAUAUGGACUAUGUAAUAUAAUUGGCUCAUUUUUUGGAUCGUUUUCAAGUGCUGCUUCAUUAUCUCGUACAAGUGUUUAUGUUAAUACUGGUGGUCAAACACAAUUAGCUAGUCUGGUAUCUUGCGCUGCUUUACUUGUUAUUAUUUUGAAAAUUGGACCAUUGUUUGAAUCAUUACCCAAGGCAUGUUUAGCAUCAAUUAUUGUUGUUGCGUUGAAAGGUUUAUUUUUACAAGUAAAAGAUAUAUAUACUAUUGGUCUUGUAACAAAAUUAGAAGCAGUUGUUUGGAUCAUGACAUUUUUAAGUACUGUUAUACUUGAUGUUGAUUAUGGGCUUAUUGUUGGUAUUUUUGUAUCACUUAUUGUUGUUAUUUUUCGACAAUUUCGACCUCGUACAACCGUGCUCGGUCAAUAUGAACGUAGUGAAAUAUAUAAAAAUGUGAAACGUUUUGCAAAUGUUUAUGAAAUUCCUCACAUAAAAAUCUUUCGUUUUGAAUCACCAAUUAUAUAUUUCAAUGCAGAUUAUUUUCGUGAAAGUCUUUUAACUUCUGUUGGUCUUGAUUUACAAACUGGUCAACAACGAAAUAUUUAUCCAAAAAAAUCAAAUGAAAAUCUUCAUAUUUUAACACAUAUCAUCAUUGAUUGUGCAUCAAUCAAUCAACUUGAUUAUAGUGGUGGAAAAAUCUUUCUUCAAACAAUAAAAGAAUUGAAUGAUUGUCAAUAUAAAAUUUAUUUAUGUAAUUUAAGAUAUUUUAAUUAUGAUGUGUUAGAAAAACUUGAAAUGAAUAAAAUAUGUUCAGUAACAAUAAUGGCUACGGUUCAUGAUGCUGUACAUCAUAUUCAAGAUGAAAUAACGGAAAUUAAUGAUCAAGAAAACAAAGAUAGCAAUAACAUUUCAUCGAAUACUAAGGAUCAAAUAUUUAUGACGCGAUUUUAA